GGCGGCUGACGUUGGACAACAAAGAUGGCGGCGGGGAGCAGCAACUACUGGGAAGAUCUCAGGAAGCAGGCGAGGCAGCUGGAGAACGAGCUGGACCUGAAGCUGGUCUCCUUCAGCAAGCUCUGCACCAGCAGCCGGGACGGGCGGCGCGACAGGUAUAGCUCUGACACCACUCCUCUCUUAAAUGGGUCAAGCCAGGACAGAAUGUUUGAGACCAUGGCUGUGGAGAUUGAACAGCUUCUGGGAAAGCUUACUGGAAUAAAUGACAAAAUGGCAGAAUAUACAAAUAGUGCAGGAGUGCCAUCCCUGAACGCUGCACUGAUGCACACAUUACAGCGACACAGAGACAUCUUGCAGGAUUAUACCCACGAAUUCCACAAAACCAAAGCGAACUUCUUGGCAAUAAGAGAAAGGGAGAAUCUGUUGGGAUCAGUACGAAAAGAUAUUGAAUCAUAUAAAAGUGGGUCUGGUGUGAAUAACAGAAGAACAGAACUCUUCCUGAAGGAACACGAGCACCUUCGGAACUCAGAUCGACUGAUAGAAGAAACAAUAAGCAUUGCCAUGGCAACGAAAGAAAAUAUGACUUCGCAGAGAGGGAUGUUGAAGUCAAUACAGAGCAAGAUGAAUACCUUGGCCAAUCGGUUCCCAGCAGUGAACAGCCUGAUUCAGAGGAUCAACCUUCGGAAACGACGGGAUUCAUUCAUCUUGGGCAGCAUCAUUGGCAUCUGUACCAUCCUACUGCUGCUCUUCGCCUUCCAUUGAUGGAUGUUCCCCCAUGGACUCUGCUAAACUCAUCACCACCAUCCCUCCCCCCAGCCAAGGAAAAGUGAGUGGGGGAAGAGAUGGACUUCCAACAGCCCGCUCCCCCUGGCUGGGACUGUCAGCAUGAUGUCUAGAGCUGAAGAUGAUAGACUGCAACACUGGUUUGGGGUUGAAGCUGCAGUGUUUCUCUUUCCCUGCCAUACAUCCUCCUUUGGUUAAAUUUGAUGAUUUUUUAAAAUUUUUUUCCUCCUUUAGUCCCUUUCUCACUGCAAGGUAAGUAAAUACGGCCACUUAACAGCACCAGUAGAACAGCUCCUGUGCUCAGUGGUGCUGGGGAGGUGCAUUGCUGGCCAGCAGGUGGGAACUGCAGGAACCCUGCUUUGCCUGCAGGCACUUCUGGGCACUGUUGUCCUACGAGAAGAAUAUUGCAGCUUUACACCAUCAGGUUUCUUUACUACUAGAUACAUGUUCUGUAAUUCUUUUUAACUCAUGGUUGAGGUAAUAGUUAUUUCUACAUCGUUUGUGCUGUGAAAACUGUGCUUCACACAAAUUCCUCAAAGGAGAAGAAGAUUGCCCCGUUCACUUUUUACACAGAAUAUGAAUAAACCGCCCUCUGAGGAACAGUGAUGAGGUUUCUUAUGGCUUUAAAGGGACUGACAGGUCCCCUUCUGUAAAAAAGGGAGCACAGUGCCCCAGCAGCUGCUUACCAUAGUGUUCAGUCAUCUGAAAAGUGACCAAACGUGAGUUCACCUAAGAGCAGUCUUUGGGUGUCAGUACUUGGAUUUUGGCUGACAUCGUAGAGGUCUUUGUAAAGACGACGACUGAAAAGUCUAUAUUGUAAUUUACGUAAAGUUAUUCUAAUAGCAUUAAUAUUUUUACACUGUAAGUAAGAUAUAAUCUACACUGUCAAUUGGAAGUGAAAAUUAUGAUGGUUCUACCUGAAACAAAUGCAUCUGAGUGCAAAGGUUUUGGACACACCUCUUCGUAGUGAGGAGUUGAAUGUAAAAUAGCAAACCAAGUUUUAUUUACUGUUACCUGGGGAAGUUCUUCUUGUCCAGGCACACAAACCCUGGUGUGUUUGCAUUGAUGGCAGGAAGGGCUUUGAUAUUGCAGAACUACAAACGAUGGAUUUUUUUUUCUGCUCUUUCAACUGCUUUUUCUCCAUCUGUCAUAUGAUAACCCAGUGAAUCCCAGCUGAAGCACUGGAAUGUCUUAAGAGCUUAAUCAGCUCUUUUACAGUGCUCCUAGGAGAUUCCAUGUAUGCCAUUGCCACGGAUUUCAGGUAGCCUCCAGGUUAUCUUCUGGAACAGAGCCCAGUGGGACGGUCGCAGUGUUGUACUGCUUUUCUUGUGUCUGGGGGCAGUUGGGGUUUGUGCCUGCCUGGUGUGCAGCUCACACUGCUGACCCUGAAACGUUUGUAUGGGUUGGAAGGCUUAUUUGCAGAAUAAUGACUUUGUGCUAAAAGGUCUGCAAAGGCUUCUAAUCGGUCGUCAUCAGGAUUAGAAAGCAUUUGGAAUUAAUACAUGUAAAUAAAGGGUGAUUAUUUGGUUGAUCUGGGAAUAUUCCUGGUUUGAUAUAAAGCGUUUAUUAAAGGGGUUUAUGAAAAACCUUGAUGGAUAAAGGGAGUUUAUUAAUGAAGCUGUGUGUUGGGAGAUCAGCCCUUAUCUCCUCUAUCCCAUCCCAUGCAGGACCCAGGCUGGCAGUCGUGCAUCUGCUUAGGAUCUGUAGGAUUUGGCUGCUCUAUAGAGGGCACUCUGAGAUCUGCAGUAUCAUAAAUAAACUCAUUUCCUUAAUCUGGUAACCCGUCUUUUUACUGGACUUAAUUGAUGAUUUGGUGCAUAUAUUUAAUCUUAUUGUGUGAAAAAGCUGCUAUGGAGAGUAUGUAAUUAUAAUAAAUAUGUAAACAGGAUUGAUUUUUUUCAUGUUAUGAAGAUGUUUCAGAGGAACUGGUUUAUUUUAGUACAAGAUGAAUAUGCUGAAUUAUCUCUGAUAAAGCUUGACUGGAAAUGCUA